AUGGCGAUCCAUGUGGGUUGCCCAGAGGCGGAACGCAGGCAAGCAAUAAAUGUCAAAGGAUGCCUGACCCGCUUCCUCAGCAUGGGAACCCAGUCUUUUGAUGAGGAUGCGGAGACGCUUUUUGUCACACAAAUUCCCGGCAAGAUGGCUGAAUGGCCACUCAUUCGAGGUCCGUCCCAUUGGAGGCUGAGUGGGUGUGUUGAUGGAUGCGCGAGGAAUAAGGGCUUGCUGCCAAGAUCGCGCGAGUCGUUAUCGCAUGGCCUGACUGCCGUUGAUCAUGGGUUCUGGCUCUCUGCUAAUUAA